CGCUGCUCUAGAGCUCUCGACACGGUUAAGCGCUGCCACUCAAGCUCAAAACUCUCUCUUUAUCGAUUACCGGGGAUCGUUAGCCUUCGUACCUAAUCCACAUGUGACGUAGCUAGCGGCGAUCGACGGAUCAAGUUCGAGAACAAACUCAACAAAGUAACCUCAAGAUGCCAUCCCGGCGGUAUUGCGCGUACUAGAGUGGCUCGUAAUUUCGGUCCCUUCGACAAUUCUCACCUUUCAAACCUCCUCGUUCUCCCAUCUGUCCUUUGAGCGAGGUUGUUGUUGUGAUUUGAGCACCAUACACAUUUUUCUUUCGCCUGUCGUUUCCUCUCGUGUAGCGGUCCCGCCGCACCCACACGCGAUCAUGGAUCUCUUCACGCGGCGGAGCCAGCAGAGCUCUGGAGACGAGUUCCUGAAUUUGAUUGCUGAUCCAUUCUCGACAUCGAUCCAGCAAAGCUCCAUCUACGCCGCAAUCGUCUAUUCCUUCGUCGUCACUGGUCUACUCUUCCUAGUCUUCUGCUUCCUCCGACCAAAGAACAACCGCGUAUACGCACCACGAGCGAAACAUGCCGACGAAAAACACCGACCGCAGCCGCUGGCUAAUGGCCCGUUCGAUUGGAUCAAGGCCGUCACGCAGACAAAGGAGCAGGAGCUUGUGGACAAGAUUGGCUUGGAUGCCGUUCUCUUUAUGCGAUUUUUACGGAUGAUCCGGAACAUCUUCAUCGCGCUCAGUGUCAUGGGCUGUGCAAUUUUGAUCCCUGUUUGCAUCAUUGGAGGCGGCAACUUCUACGAUCAGUACAGCAACAUCGCGACGCUCAUGAAGUUCACACCGCAAUACAUCGGCGGAUCCAAGUUUUGGGCGUAUGUUAUCUUCGCGUACCUCGUCGAAAUUACCUUCUGCGGAUUCAUUUGGUGGAAUUACAAGGCAGUCUACAAGCUGAGGCGCACAUACUUCGAGAGCGCAGAGUACAAGGCCAGCCUUCAUUCACGAACGUUGCUGCUUACCCACAUUCCUAAUUCCUCCCGAACCGACGCCGGAAUCGCCGAACUGGUAGAAUCAGGCAGACAGAUGGAUGAUGUCCCCCGCACUGUGGUCGGUCGUAACGUCAAGGAUCUUCCCGAGCUGAUUGAGAAGCAUGAUGAGACAGUACGAGAGCUCGAGCAGCACCUUGCCAAGUACCUCAGCAACCCGAACCAGCUACCGGCAAAACGACCUACCUGCAAGGUUAAGAAAGACGACACUACAGCUUAUGGAAAGGGCAGAGUUGAUGCGAUCGAAUACCUUACCGACAGAAUAGCGAGAUUGGAGGUGUCCAUUAAAGAAGUGCGAGAGGGCGUUGAUAUGCGGAACCCCAUGUCCUACGGUUUUGCUUCAUUCGCCCGUAUCGAAGACGCCCAUGCCGUUGCAUACGCCACGAGGAAGAAGGGUCCAAGGGGAUGCGAUGUCUACCUUGCACCGAAGCCCAACGACCUGCUUUGGCAGAACCUCUCCAUGAGCAGGAAGACACGCCGCGCGAGAGCAUUUUGGGACGGUCUUUGGAUGGUACUACUGACAGUAGCCUUCAUCGUACCUAACAUCUUGACCUCUGCCUUCUUGUCUAAUUUUGCCAACCUUGGUCUUGUCUGGAGGGACUUCCAGACCAACCUGAAUGCUCACCCCACCGGAUGGGCUAUUGUGCAGGGUAUUCUUGCUCCUCUCGUACAAACACUCAUGUACCUGGGCGUUCCCAUCGUUUUCCGCCGGCUGUUCACCCAUUCGGGCGACGUUUCCAAGACUUCCAGGGAGCGUCACGUUGCGUCACGUCUUUACGCUUUCUACGUGUUUAACAACCUCGUGGUCUUCUCCGUGUUCGGGUCGGUCUGGCGUUUUGUGGCAGCUGUCAUCGGCGCUCAAGAUAUCGGUGUCUGGGAUGCCAUGAAGCAGGGCCAGCCCUUUACACAGCUGGUCACUGGAUUGUGCAACGUUUCCACUUUCUGGCUCACCUGGCAGAUGCAACGAAAUCUCGGCGCUGCGAUCGAUCUUUCGCAGGCCUGGACUUUUGCUUGGUCCUGGUGCCGGCGAACUUUCUUCUCACCCACACCUCGAGAGCUAAUCGAGCUCAGCGCGCCUCCGCCAUUCGCGUAUGCCGAAUACUACAACAACUAUCUGUUUGUUACCACAGUCGGUCUCUGUAUGGGCUGUCUGCAACCUAUCAUCUUCCCGGUCACUGCCUUCUACGUUGGCAUGGACGUCGUCUUCAAGAAGUACCUCUUGCAAUAUGUCUUCAUCACCAAGACCGAAUCGGGAGGCCGUUUCUGGCGCCUUCUCGUCAACCGCCUGCUCUUCGCCGUUUUCAUAGGCAACGCCGUCAUCGCCCUCGCUGUCGGCGCUAAGGGCGUCGGCAACCAGAACGUCUUCCGCAACGGAACAAUGCUGUACGCAAUGGUUCCUCUACCCUUCAUCCUCCUCAGCUUCAAGCUCUACUGCAAGAAGUCGUACGAUGACAAGCUCCUCUAUUAUUCUACAAUCCCCUUCUCGGAUCUCGAAAACACACCCGACGCAAACCACCCCAAAGCCCGCAAGACCGACAAGGUGGGCGUCCGCUUCGGCAACCCGGCCAUCUACAAGAAAUUGAUCACCCCAAUGGUCCACGCUAAAUCACAGCACCUGCUCAAGGAAAUCUACGGACACCGCUCCAACGCCGAUACCCACAUCUUCGCCGCCUCCGCCGACCGCGCAACCCCCGCGAAUCUGGGCUACGGAGAUAUGUACCUGACGGACAUGGACCACGCCGCUCCCGGACAGCGAUCCAGUACUGACGGUGCCGCGAUGCCGAACAUGGAAGUCGUCGAGGAGGCGGAUCUUGAUUUCGAGAACUUCAAGCGGCGCGCCGAGUUCAGGGAAGAAUUCGGCGGCGACGGCGCACUGUACGGACGCCCCGAGGAUCUGGUCAGCCGCCCAGGAACACCGUCGACGUUCACGACGUUCGUCGAGAACUCGCCACACCUGAAGCGGAACUCGGCGUCGCCAGCCGGGAGCAGGGCGAGUAGUCGGACGCGGUUUGGCGAGAAGGAGAGGGAUCAGGGCGAGGGCCAUACUUACGCGAAGGGGUACCAGCACACUCCUACGACAGACAUGUUUCAGGAACAGGAUAUGGUGGAUGUGGAUAUCCCUGCGACACCGUUGGAUGCCGAUGAGAUGCUGAGAGCGAGCAACAGUAGGCAGCCAUUGAUGGAUAGGUCGAGAGAUGGGUCGCCUGCGGGAGGGUAUUUCAACAGGAGUAUGCGAGAUAAUACUAGCUACGAGAGUUACCGUGGGAGGUAGAUUAUGAUUAGACUAUAGAGAGACAGUGCGAACUAUACAUAUGCUACGCAACG